UCCCCUUUCACAUUUUGCCCUUUCGCUCGCAAUGAUGCCCUCCAUCGCCCGAUUCGCCCCUCCCUUUAUCGCCUCGUCUCAAUUUCUCCUCUCUCUCCCUCCUGUGUCUAUGAUUGCUGUCCACCUCUCUGUGGGAAUUCCUCCUUCUGCUGCUGCUCCUCCUCCUCCUCACCAUCCUCUCCCUCUUCCUCUUCCUUGCCAGCAUUCGCAUCUCCUGGGAAACACGACUUUCUUCCUUCUGUUAUUUAUUCAUCCGUCCAACCUCACAGAAGCUUCACGUAUUUCUGAUCUACCAUUUUCGGGGCAGAAGGAGAGAACCCGUCCGCCCGGCAGAAAAACGCAGCGACCCAAGAAGAUACAACGAACGAGGUGGUGUCGUGAAACUCUCUCUCUCGAUGGCGCAUUGAACAGAAUACGCAUCGGAUGUGCAAUUAGGGGCUACUUUUAUUCUCAUUUACAUUCACACAUUGGCUAUCGAUCGAGUAGUAAAUUCCAAUCCGAUCGUUCACGCGGGCCUCUGUCUCUCUCAGAUUUCAAGCUCCUGUGACCUUCAUGAUUGCCCGCCGCUCAAAUAAUAUGUCGUGAACAUGGAAGUUUUGACCUUUGCGUAGAGGCUAGAGGAGAUUUUUCCCGUUCCGGAUAAGUCACAAAGCCUUGGGCAAUAAUCACCGAUGUCUUCUAUCGACCGCUCACAUGUCCUGAAUUGGCUGUGCUUUUACUUUUAAUCCCCCGCCAAAGACUGUAUUACUCGGGGCGGGGCCGUCAGGCCACAAUGCGACUGGGAUGAUGCCCACGUACAUGCUCCAAAUCCUGGGCGCUUAAAGCGAAAGUGGACUUCAAGAAGAAUAAUGGAGUUUGAGGGUCCAAACUAUCAUUGACAGACGCGUCAAAUCCGUCCUGCACAGCACAGCACAGCACAUUCCAAAUCAGCUUGGCCCGUUAAACCAACCACUCAUGUCCCCAGUGUCUGGGCCUGUUUUUACUUUAUAAUAAUUCUGCUUAUUAUCAUUAUCUCGCCCUGUUUGAAACCGGUGCAUUCUAAAGUCGAAAGCUGAGUUUCAAUGCAUUCACGUUCGAAGCCAUGCAUUUACUAUUCCAAACGCUCCUCUGUUUUCAUCCACGGACAUACUUUUCAACAUAGAGCAAGAUCUCGAACAGAUACAUAAAAGUUCAUGAGAAAAGGUAUCCAAGUCAGCCAGUCUUUUUCUUUCAUUUUCUAUAGCCUAGGUUUCACGAACCCCCAUAAAAUAAUUCACUGAGAUUUUGCCUUACGCAUAAAUUUCUCAACAGGUCAAUGUAAAAACUGUGUGGAUAAAUCCAGCUAUCCAGUUCC